UACUCGGGCCGAUUAUUGCUGUAUUGAGCUCAAAAUGGCGUCAGACGUCAGUCGCGCGGCGGCGCCGAAUUCAGAGUCGCCUAUGGUGAAGAAAAUUCACGAGGACGCAAAGGAUAACAACGACAAGACCAAGUUGACCGUGGAUUAUGGCUACCGAGUGUUUCGUGAGUACUGUCAGCAGAAGGGCAUCGAGAACGUGGACCACAUACCGACAAGGGAGAUUGCGCGUCUGCUACAAACAUUUUACGAAGACGCUCGAACUCGAGAAGGCGUGCCGUUCAGUGCAAACUCGCUGGUGGUGAUACGGUACGCGAUAAACAGGUACUACCGCGCUCCGCACAUCAACAGGAAUAUCGACAUUGUUCGUGAUCCGGCGUUUCAUCUCGCCAACAAAACUUUCAAAGCCAUCGUACGCCGGUUGCAUCAGGAAGAGAAAAACAGGGUCCCUGGACAACAUAGAGUGCGGCCCAAUAUUUAUUCGGCGGACCACAAGAGAUUGAGGCAGUAUUUUCUGCUCAAUCUCAACACCCCUAGGGGUCUCUUGCAGAAAGUAUGGUUUGAUUUGUCCGCUCAUAUGGGCUAUCGAAGUCUGGACAAGAUUCAGGAGUUGGGAAAAGAUGCCUUCAAAGUUGUGCCUUCUUGGGUUGAUAAGCGACGUGCGAUAUAUCAGACGAACGAGGACGGGACAUCCGUGUGUAUCAUGACGGAAAGGCCCGGCGAUCCCUUGUGUCCCGUGCGGAACUUCGAAGCCUACGCCGCUAGGCUCAACCCGGCCUGCAGGGCCCUCUUCCAAAGACCCAAGGACCAGGUGGCGAGUCAAGACCUUGUGUGGUACUUCAACGCGCCGCUGGGCAAGACCCUCCUCUCCAAGAUGAUGGCGACCAUCUCCAAAUGCGCGGGCCUCAGCCGAGUCUAUAGCAACGCCAGAGCGUGGGCCAUCGCUAGUGCCCAAAGCACGGCCAAAGACUUGGCCGUCCUUCCUGAACCAAACAGGAUGCAAAACGGCACCAGUGAAACGUGGCUACAGAACGGGUUGCUUCUGAGUCAAAAGCUGGGCCACAGCGGGACGGAUGCGGGACAUCAAUUGCAGACGACGGGUCUCCACCACUUCAUGUCUGGUCUGCCAGCUGCAACGGCACUGGGCACGGAACUGCGGGCCGACUGCGGGCCGAUCGCCGUCACCGGUGGAGCCACCGGCACGUGUCUCAACUGCGGAGCGCCGGCUACAGUGCAGGUGGUGAUAUCCCGGGGCUGCCCAAGUCCGUUCUGCACCCUACCAUGCUACCACCGGUGGGCGACCCGCGUCCAGGCUUCCAGCGUCCAUGAGCCCAUUCCCGCUCACAGCCAGUCCCUGUCGUGCAAUUACUGUGGCAGGGCCAUGUUUGGCCAGCAGCCUCUCGAGAAGGGACACCUCAAGUUUUGCUCGACGCUUUGCCUCACACAUUGGGAAGAGGCAACGUCACAUGCUGACAAGACGUCUGUGUCGACGUUGGAUGGGAGGACGGCGUCGCCUGGAGCAUCGUCCAAUGGCGCCGGCGAGGAGAUGGGAGAAGAGGAUGAGAAGGAGGAGAAUGGGAUGCCCGACAAGCUGUGUGAUUUUUGCAAGCAGAGACAAGAAAUGUCCAGUCAUCAUCUCGUCGCUGCGGAUAACACUUUGAGGAGCUUCUGCUCUUACGACUGCUUACAGCAGUACGAGCGACUAUGCAACGACUCCGCUGCUUGGCCUCCUGUACCGACACGUCCAGCAAGUUCACCCGGCCCAGCCGUGUCGCUGGCGUCUCCAGAAUGCAAUGGCACAUCUGGAGAAAAACUACUCAAGCAAAUGCUCGCUGUAACCCAUAGCCCAUUGGAAGCAGAUACGUGCAAUGAGCAACUAGGCCAGGAAAGCGCACCCGUCAUCCGGACAGGCAAGGCCGGCCGGAAGAACCCGGCACCGCAGAAGCUAGUGCAAUACCGAGCCACCGAGUGCUCGACGUGUGGUUGCCACGGUAGCAGGGCAACGUCGCCCAGCGAGGCUUUCUGUAGGCCGCCUUUGGCAGAGAGCGCCACGCAGACAGAUUUAUCCAUGAUGGAGUAGGCAAACGUUCCCAGUCUUCCGUAUGCAACUGAGCCGUACCAUCACCUCUAGUCGUGGGAAACUGCAACAUAGCUGACUAUGAGCCUGGCUGCGAUUUGUUCUCUCUACGAGCAACAGUGGGGGGUUGAAACAGAACUCUUGGAUUUGUGGCGCUCAUUUUUGUUUACGCAUUAUCGGGCGCAUUAUAUUUAUUUUUGCCGGAAUAGGUUUCCCGCAUCAACUAAGUGUUGGCACACUCACAGGAGGGCCUUUUCGUUAUAUGUGUGCAGGGAUGAGUAUGCAGAUGCAGGGUACUGCGCAGGACAAGAAUUGUGUGCUGCAGGUUUUUUUUUUUUUUCGCCCUCAGUGGCCAGCAGCCACAUCAAUCAAGUUAUGUAAUCAAAGUUUGGACUCAUUUAAUCUUUACAUACUCUCAUUUGUUCACACUUUGCACGAUGGCACAAACCAGGUGACCUCAUCUCGCCCGAUUACUUUCUGUGUGGGCAACCCUGCGGACUGCAUGACCUGCAGCUUGACCUAUUUAUUAUUUGUUAUUAAUAGUAUUCGUGCGAAUGUAAUCAGUUAACGGGUGGUUUAGUGACCCAGCACGUUGGGUAAAAUGCUGUUCGCCUGAAGGAAGAACUGCAUUCUCAUAAUUUCCGGCGGAGAUUUUUGUUUGUUGCAACGUUAUCUCGAAAUGGGUCCUUCUGUUUCAGUAGAGUCGAAGCAAGUGAAAGGAAUGGCUGGACCGUAAAUGACAGAUGGAGGAUCAAAAUGAUCAAAUGAGGCCAGCGGCUUCAAAAGCCCAUAGAGUGGAGAUUGCAUGUAGGCAGCCACCUUGCUACUGUAUUUUUGUAGUGCAAGGUUACACGCCUGCGCGACACCAUUAAACCUGCGCUAGAGUUCCAUUUUUGACUAUUCUGUCAAAUUUUUUACCUGGCCUAGAUGCAUUGCAUUCUAAAUAAUGCAAAGUUUUGUUCAAAUUUGUCAAGUAGUUCACUAAUUUCAAUUAACAUAAUAUUCCAUAUCAAUGUGACAUUCAGCAUAUUUCCCAUCAUGAAGCACCAAAUCAACAUUACUAUGGCCCAUUAACGAUAACUGCUUUACCUGUUUUUGAAUAAAAUUUCUGGCUUAGUUUCGUUGUUCGCAUCUAUCGCGCAGAAAUUUGACCAACACAUCAGAACUUUCCGGUCAAAGCUAUGGCUGCGGAGAAGCUGCCCCCAAGCUGCUUCCAAUAUAGGCUUUAGGUACGCUUUAUACUUAACUAGGGGCGAAGCACCCAGAACUAAGCACCGUUUUCUAAAAAUAUAUCUCUGCCGUUCUGGGGCGCCUUCUCGGUGAAAAACGCACUGCAACACGCACAUUGCAAGUUAGAUAAACCCCUUUCACAGUGCAACUUCUGAAGCAGAUUUUGUAGUCUUCCUCGAUUGCGUUCUUGGCGUUGUACAGCCUGGAAAAUUGUAAAGUUGUACAUUGUCUAGUCCUGCACUAAGAGUGUGGUCCCUAAGUAGCGCCACCUCAGUGCAUCCCCCUUCCUCAGUGCUUACAAGUUGUCCGGCGACUCUCCGUGCAAUGGAGUUUUUGACAUGGACGAAAAACAAAGUGACAAACCCGGUGUUUGAGACUCGUUUAUCCUGCAAAUAAAAUGAACUGCAGAUGUG